AUGGCUAGGGCUCCGGGCAAGCAUGGACGUGAUCAAGCUCUGGAUUUCGAGGGGUUUUUGAAUGAUUUGCAGGAUUGGGAACUUCUUAAGGACACUGAUAAAAAGAUGAAGAAGAAGUCACAAGCUUCUGAUAUGAAGAUUGGUGAGGAUGGAAGAUCAACAGGCAAAAAUUCUGCUGUAGAUUCUUCAAGAAGUAGUUCAGGACAGUAUAAUUACUCAAGGAAUUUUGAUGCAAUCAAUCGUCUAUCAAGUAGUUUUACAACUGAUGAGAGCACUGUGGAUGCUACGACAGAGAAAGAAUUGGGAAAUGAGUAUUUUAAGCAGAAGAAGUUUAAGGAAGCUAUUGAGUGCUAUUCAAGAAGCAUAGCCUUGUCGCCAACAGCAGUAGCCUAUGCAAAUAGGGCAAUGGCAUAUCUCAAAAUCAAAAGGCAAGUUUUCCUGUCAAAUAUUGUUAUAUUUAAGUGUAGUGCACGUGUAGAGUUCUUGUUGCCCAAUGCAAUAUUAGUUGCUUUACUUCAUGCGAAAUUUCAAGAGGCUGAAGAUGACUGUACAGAGGCUUUGAAUCUAGAUGAUCGCUACAUUAAAGCAUACUCUCGCAGAGCAGCAGCUAGAAAGGAAUUGGGGAAACUUAAAGAAUCCAUUGAGGAUUCUGAGUUUGCAUUGAAGUUGGAACCUAAUAACCAGGAAAUCAAGAAACAGUAUUCUGAGAAAAUUCUCCAGAAAGCAUCUGGAGCUCUUAGAAGCUCUUUACAAGGAGCACAAAAGGCAGGAAGGCCAGAAGCAAGCAUCAAUGGACAUGCAGUGCAUCCAGUCUCAUCCGAAAAAGAUAAAAAUAAGGAGAAAGAUGGAGACAGUCUCGUGAAGAAAUCUAUCCAUGUGGAAGAAAUGAACAAAAGCACUGGAGCAGGAAGCAGAUCUGACGGUCUAGUAGGCAAUGAUUCGCAUGCAAAUGCUACUCCGAGAUCUAAUGUGGAAAGUGUACAGUGUCCUUAUAAAUGGGAAAAUGGUUGUUUUGGCUUUUAUUCCAUCAGAUGGGGAAAGGAUGUCAAUUCCACCUUAGGCAUUAACAUUAGAAAUCGCAGAACCGGAAGGCAAGAGCUGAAGGCCUCAGUGAAAGAGCUCGCUUCUCGAGCUGCUUCUCGUGCCAUGGCUGAAGCUGCAAAAAGCAUUACACCUCCAAACUCAGCUUCUCAAUUUGAGGUUUCUUGGAAAGGCUUUUCUGGUGAUCAUGCACUCCAGGCUCGCCUCCUGAAGGUUACUUCUCCAAGUGCACUACCUCAGAUAUUUAAAAAUGCAUUGUCUGUUCCUAUUCUAAUCGACAUCAUCAAGUGCGUGGCCUCCUUUUUCAUCGAUGACAUGGAUUUGGCCGUCAAAUAUCUAGAGAACUUGACCAAAGUCCCAAGAUUUGACAUGCUUAUCAUGUGUCUUCCAUCUACAGAUAAGGCUGAUCUUCGCAAGAUGUGGGAUGAAGUGUUCUGCAGUGAAGCAACACCAAUGGAAUAUGCUGAGAUUCUCGACAACUUGCGAUCUAAAUACUGUCCUAGAUUUUAA